AAGUUGCAUUCCGCUCGCCCUGGUCAUAGUUGCGCCAUGGCGCCCGGCGGUGCUGAGUACACACUUGUUCCUGUGUCUUUAGUCUCCGGUGAGUCGGUCGAGAUCAAGCUCUUACCCGGCUCGACAGCUUUGGACCUGAAGGACCGCUUCCGCAAGCAGUGGCCUUCCUACAAGGAUGUCUCCCUCCAGCUUUUCCUGCUGAACGGAGUAAGCCCACUCCAAGACUCGGAGCAAAUUGACUUGACCUCUGCGCCAAGCUUCCUGCUGGUGGCCGGAGAGGCUGCACCUCCACCUCGCACAGAUGAGCUUAUGGCUACUAUCAACCAGACAUGUCAGGAUGCAGGAGGGAUCUAUGCAAAGUAUGGCUGCAAGGCCAUCUCCUGGGAUGACUGCACACGCUCAGCUGGCCCUAAGGGCCUGAGCUGCUUCGGGCCGAACAUCACGGACUCCAGGCUUGUGGAGCGCUCUGGAAAGACGCUUUACACUGUGCGCGGCUCCAAUUGGAACGAGAGGCUGGGAAAAGUCGCAGCAAAAGAUGUCACUGUGCUGGUGACUGGUAAAGAGAAGGAGCUGAAGCCAAUUUCGUUGCGAGAAUAUUUGGAGCAGAUCCAUCAGUAUGGUGGCUAUGCAGGUGUCCCCGCUGAUACUGCACUGCAUGCAGACGCGGAUCAAGAAAUCAGCAUCAGGUUCCAAACAACCUUCCUGCCCGUUCAUGAGGAUGGCACAGUGGAAUUCUGUGGAGAAGCCUACAACUACCAGACAGUGUCCAAUGAUGACCCUAAGAACCUGGUGCUGCUGUGCACCUCAGAAGGAACAUUUGUGCAACAGCAGGGUGUUGGUUUUCAGAAGCUCUUCCUGCAUGAGACCACUGAGGCAAGCGAGCAAAUUGCACGUUGUUGGAUGGAGGCAAAGCGUACUGGACACAGGGUCGGCGAGGCACAGGAGGAGAGUUGGGAAGCUGCUGCAGAGAGCGCUUUGAAAGCGCAAGAGGCUCAACGAGAGUUGGAGGAGGCACAAGCCUUGUCAGAGGGCAGCAAAGAUUCAGCGCAAGCGGAGCGCGUUGACCAGCUGAAGAUGCAGGUGGCACAGCUGGACGCAGAGGCCACUGAACGAAAGCUGCGCGCAGCAGAGGCAGAAGAAGCAACACUGGAGGGCAAGGCAGUGGCGCGAAGAUUUGGUAUAGACGCAAUGGGAAGCCGAUGCAACAUGCUGAUGACCAUUCAGGUUCCACUUGAGCAGAAGGCUCCUGCGAAGACAUUUUGUAGCCCAACUAGCCCAACCUUCGAAGGACACGUUUGUGGAAUAGACUUCGGCACCACCAAUUGCCGUGUGGCACUUUGGGAAAAUGGAGGAGCUGUAGUGCUGCCCAAUGCCCUGGGUGAUCGCUCCACUCCAUGCUGCGUAGCUGCCAAGGAUGGAGAGCUGCUUGUCGGCAGCGCAGCCAAGUCGAGCAGAGUGCCUGGUGAGAGCUUGGUUGUUGGCCCCAAACGAUAUCUGGGCCGCACUUACAGUGAACUUGCCACAAUUGGCUCUGCCCCGGUUCAGGCAGGAUGCAAUGAUGAGCCUUACAUAUGUUUGCCUUGUGGACCUGGUGGUGAACUGAAGCUUUGUACACCCGAGGAGAUUGCCACUGUGCUUUUGAAAGACGUGAAGAAGGUGGUAACGGACUACCUUGGAGAUGCAAAAAAGCAGUUGGGCUGCGUGAUCACGGUUCCUGCACAUGCCACUGAUGCACAGCGGCAAGCCACAAAGUCUGCGGCAGCAGCGGCUGGCUUUGAAGUCAUGAGGAUCAUCAACGAACCAGCUGCUGCUUCAAUAGCGCAUGGCCUGGACAAGAUGUCGGACGCCGAGCGUAAGGUGAUUGUGGUUGAUGUGGGUGCUGGAACAACGGACGUGUCCUUGCUGGAGAUUGACUCAGGCAUUUUUGAAAUCCUGGCCACCAACGGCGCGCAGCUGGGUGGAUCCGAUUUCGACGAAGCCUUGAUGGCCACUGUCAAGCAUCAACACCAGUCCCGGACCCCAUGCGAAUUGCAAGAAGCUUGCGAGGCGGUCAAGCGAGCACUCAGCUACAACUACCAAGCCAGAAUAGAGCUGGAUGAAACAGACGACAGUGACACCUAUGAAAGCUAUAAGAUGUCUCGUGCUGCCUUUGAGGAGCUUAUUCGACCAACCAUUCAACAAGUGGAGGAGCUGAUUCUGGCCACAUUGCGUGAUGGCAAGGUUGACGUCAAGGAGAUUGAUGAAGUUCUGUUGGUCGGUGGCUCUGCUAAAGUUCCUUUGCUUCGGGAGAUGGUGACUAAGCUCUUUCAGAAGGAGCCUUGCGACACAGUACACAACUGUGAAGAUGCUGUGGUCAUUGGAGCUGCUUACCAGGCAGCAAUUCUUUGCGGCAAGAACUCAGCGGCAACAGAUUUGCUCCUGCUGGAUGUCACACCAUUGUCGAUUGGUUUUGAAUCUGCGAAUGGCGCCAUGACUCGUGUCAUCGGCAGAAACACAACCAUUCCGACACGGAAGACGGUGACAUUGACCACCCAUAUGGAUUGGCAGCAAAGCGUCAAGCUUCGCAUCUUCGAGGGUGAACGAUCGGCAUGCCAGGUGCGAAACCGUGGGCGGAGUCGGAGUCCAUUGGGAGGUAUGGCUUAUGGCUCGGUUUCGAUCAGGAUGCUCUGAAAGUGAAAAGAC